UGUAUCUUGUGAGAGGCAAGAACUCCUCUGUGAGAAGCAGAACUCCUCUUUAGCAAAUAGACCAUCCUGUUAAGUUGUUAAGCCCGUGGAUUGUCACGUUGAGGGAGCCAGUUUUUCUGCUUGUAUCAAAAUACUGGAGAGCUUUGGGAUAUCCAGAGUUGCAAGCCACGUGUGAAGUUCCUCAUGGAGAAAUUUGAACGACAUAACCGAGACACAGAGGAUACUUCAAACAGCCAACCCAUCAAAAUCUCAAGACAAGAUGUUCCCACAGGAUUACAGACAAGGAAAGCAGCACUUGAGAAAUUUACAAAUAAAGGAUAUGCUUCAUGUUCUCCAGGACCCAGUAACCUUCACAAACCUGUUCAAACUAAGCCUCCUCUGGCAGUCAAGCCUUCAAGUGAUGAUAAAACAGAGAAAGAUCCAAGCCCGUCACAUUUGAACCCAGUGGCACAAAGAUUUGGUGUACAGCUUCAGCCCACUAACAGAGGAAAUGAUGAAAAAUCUGGAUGCACUAAAUUCUCUGUGAAAACCAAUGACCAGUCAAAGGAGGACCCAAAGCCUUUGAACCCAAAACCUGCGUGGAACAAGUUCCUUGCUCCUCCUGAUAAAGAAAAAAAUCCUCUGGGACCAAAAUCUAAUCUUAAUUUUGCGUUACAGGAGAAUGAGGCAAAACCAGAAUUUUCAAAAGUAGCUGCAGUUAAGGAAAAAUUUAGGUCUGCAACACAAGCAAGUGAGCCCAAGCCUCCUAUUUCUAAACCAUCCCUUGCACAGAAACCUUCUCUAAACAAUGAGGUAUCUCAAAAUGAAGACACUUCUAAUAAAAGCAGUUUUCUGCAAAGACAGUCAGGACCUAGAACAAAUAUACAUGCACUCCAAGAAGCAAAGGCAAUGCGUGAAAAUAGUAACUCUGGUGCAGAAGCUGAAGGCAGUCAUUUUCCUAAAAUAGCUCUGAAGCCUCCUGUCCACAGGUCCAGCUUAUCAAAAGGAACCCCCAAAACUGUGGCAGAAAACACUGAAGAAAAGGGAAUGAGCGCUACUGAGAAUAUCUUCCUAAACAAAAUCAUCCCAGAAGAAUCAGCUUCUUCUCAUAAAUUCUGUAAGAUGAAUAUGGCAUUUGCUGCAGGAAGACCAUCAGGUGAACCACAAGAGAAAGUGGAUGAGGACAGGAGUUCUAGAAUGCCCAAGAGGAAAAUCUUGCCCCCACUGUUCAAGCUAGGCCAGCCCCCACAGAAGCCCAGCAGACCCCCCACUGUGAACUUGGGAAAGUUCCAGAAGAGCCAUCAAAAAAAGAAUCCUCAAAAUGAAGUUUUGAAACAGAAAGCACCUUCCUCAGCAACGCUCGCCCCACCGACGCCUCCAUCACACUCUGCUGUGCAGUUACCACCUCCUCCACCAGCCUCUCACCCAUCCCUGCAGCUGACAGCGGCUCCCAGUCUGCCUCCCAGAAGCAUUAAGCCCAGCUCUGAAACGAUAAACCCAGACAAUGAAGAAAAUUAUGAUGACGUUGAAUUUGUUUCACAGGGUCAUGGAAAUAUACUGCGGGGCCAAGAAAGUGAUGGAGAGAUGUAUGAAGACAUUAAUGACAUUAGAUCAUCAAGGGGAAAAGAGAAGAAGUGGGACAAAGAAGACAAAAGAAGAAGGGACCAAGAGAAGAAAGAACAGAAGGAAAAAGAAAAGAAGGAGAAUGAACUGAGGAAAAGGUUCAAAUUAACAGGACCCAUUGAAGUACUUCAUCAGGCACAAGCUUGCAUUGACCACAAGGGAGGGAAGAAUGAACUGACUGUCAAACAAGGGGAUAAGAUUGAAAUCAUUCGCCUCACAGACAACCCAGAAGGAAAAUGGCUGGGCAGGAUAAAAGGAUGCUAUGGAUACAUUAAAACAACCGUGGUGGAGAUUGAUUAUGAUUCUUUAAAAAGAAAACAAAAAUCAUCGACUAGAGCUGAUGUGAAAAAUACAGAGAGUGAACAAGAAACAUAUGAUGAUGUUGGAGAGCAGGACACUAGUAGCAGUCAAAGUGGUGACCAAGAUGGAGGCAGAAACACGUUCCCAGCUCCUCCUUCUGAUCAAGACAUUUAUGAUGGAAUUGAUGAUGAAGAUGCUAUAGCUAGGUCUGUAUCGCAGGAUGAAGAUAAGAAUGGUAUCUGGCCCUGGGGAAUCUUGAAGAGGCUAAAGGUCAAAGAUGACAAAAAGAAAAGUGUACGAGAAAAAACAGCCAAAGUCAAUAUGGCAGAAGAAAAUGACAAUUUGUUCAUGUCUUCUUCAACAAAGCAGUCUGAAAAAGAUACACCUGGAAAGAAGCACUCAUUCAAAGACAUCAAAGAUUAUGGAGACAAUGUUUAUGAUGACGUAGACUCCUCAGACUUCCCGCCUCCACCACCUGAUCCCAGUUCAUCAAAAUCAGGAAGCUUCGGAAAACCCAAGUCAGAUGAAAAGGAUGUACAAAAGCUCAAGAAGAUGGAAAAAGAAGAGAAAGAAUUCAGAAAAAAGUUCAAAUUUGACGGUGAAAUAAAAGUUAUUUACUCUACAACCACAGUCCAGGACUUGUCUCAGAAAAGAUGGGGAUAUAAAGACUUACAAAUUAAACCAGGGGAAUCUCUUGACAUUAUUGAAAGUACAGAUGAUACUAAGGUCCUCUGCAGGAACAAAGAAGGAAAAUAUGGCUAUGUUCUAAGAAGCAAUUUAGUUCAGAAUGAUGGAGAGAUUUAUGAUGAUGUUGGUGAAGAUUGCAUCUAUGAUAACGACUCUGAUGCUGAAUUCCCUUGAAAUAGCAACUUUGUUGAAGAUCAAACUCUGGUCUGGAAACCCACUUACGAAAGCAAGAAGAGUCAUAAAUGCUGAUUGCAAGUUAAUUGGUUGCUCUUCUAAAUGUAAAAUUAACCUUUUUUGGGAUUUCAGCCUUUUGUCCUCCAGUGCUUUGUACAAAUUUGUAUUCCCAUUUAUCUGAACAUUUAAAAUUCACGGAAUAUGAACUAAAGUUAGGGUUAUAAUUUUUCAUUUCCUUUCCACAUUUCUGACCGUCCAUGUAAAAACACUUUAAUCAUCUACUUCCAAAGAGGCCAGCUCACAUCUGUGAAGGGUACUGAGAAUAACAACCCCUGGUAGUAGCAGGUUUUAGUCUGGCUUUCACCUAAAUACCAAAAACAGACACUCUGGGUAGGACAGUACUCCGAAAAAAAAAUGGUGAUAAUAUCCUGUUAUGAAAAGAAGAAAUCUAAAGUGGACAUCAGAGAAGGCAAUACAUAAUUGACCUGCCAUUCCAACUGCAAUAGUGUUAGCUACACUGACAUAUGCAGCCAUGUUCCAUCCUUGCAAAAGUCUCUUUUUUUGUGUUGUACUAAUGAUAGAAUAUAAUUCUCUAAAAUUUAUCUGAAGUCUACUUUAGAAUAUAGUACUCUACUUUAAACAGUUAUGGUCUUCAAAAUAUACUUAGGACAUUUAGGUUAAGAUUUAAUUUCUAUUUAAAGAUAAGUCACUAUGUCACCAUAGUAAUAUAGGUUUUAUAAGCUAUAAACUGAUGAUAAACUGUUUGGAAAUUACUUAUAGAAUAAAUAUAUUGGUAUAUUUAUCACUCUAUUUUGAUAUUGCCCUUUUUUGCAAAGUGCUAUAGUUUAAUACUAGAUUUGAAAAGAGUUCAGUAAUCAAACAUUUCCAUGCUUAUCCAUUGUAGAAAUAACAUUUAUUCCUAAAGUUCAUUUUUGAUGCUGUUGUCUGAAUGACCAAGUUGCAAAUAAAAGCAAAGUCAACAGGUAACUCAUAAUAAUAAAUAUCACUUUACCCUUAUAUAUCAGAAGUUACUGGAAAUCAAAAGACAUUUACAGUAAUUUCCCAAUAAAGGGGGUGAGGAUCUACAAAAAAUGAAACUUCAGUUUCUUUUGCUGUAGUGCAAGUUAAUCAAAAACCCGUAACAACUAAUGUGGCUGUCUCAGUGUAAGCAGCUCCUUUUGAUGAUUGAGUCUCCUGUAAUCCCAAAGGGAAGUCAGGUACAUUGUGCAACACAGCAAGUUUAGUUUAUAAACAUAAAAAAUGUUGUCUCUGUUAAGUCAGUGACUUUUGGUCCCACCUUCAGUGGAGUGAGAUUCUAUCUUAUAAGUGUCUUUUAUUGCUGCUUCAAAAUACAGUAAAUCUCAAAGGAGGUAUAAUGCAGUGGGGAUAUCAAACAUAAAAUUAAGAGAUAGUAGCCUAUAAGCUAUUUUUUACUGUAUGUAAAGUGACUCAUGGUAUACUGAAAAGCUAUAUGCAAACUCAACUUUCUAUUUGCUAUUUCUCUUAUCAAUUUGCUAUUCAACCAGCAUCAAAUACCAAUUUUAUGUGUAAACAUCAGCAGCAGCACCCAAAUAUAAAACAUGACCAUGCAUAUUAAGUGUGAUGAAUAUGUCUGACUAUUUGACUGUCACUGCUAAUGAAUUAUUUAUUUUUCAGUGGCAUUCAAGAGGCUGCAUUAAAUUAGUGAUAUGCCAAAGAACUGAGUGAGUAUGUAGGCAGCUACACAACUACAUAGUUUUUCCAUGUUCUUAGUGUUAAUGUGUGUAGGCACUGCAAUUCUGCAUCAAUAAUACUGACUAAAUUUGCCAUAUGAUACAUUAAAUAAUGAAAAAUAAUACAUAUAUUAAUAGUUAAAACUCUAUGCAUUGCUUGUUCAAAUCAAAUAUGAUGUGAUUGCUGCAGGGUGUUAAAAUGAAUUUGUAAGUUAUCACUAAGUGAAAAACUACUGGGAUUGUAACUUUUCACUUUUACCAAUGUGGGAUGUUUUUUUAUAUUUCUUCCAAAUAAAAG